AAAUCGGAAUCUGCCGGCGAGAUGGUUCCAGUCAUCUUUGUUUCCUUGUUGAUAGAGUAGAAUCAACAAUCCGAAUCGGAGACGACAAAGACCCCAGUUGCAGUUAUUAACUAUGCAGAUACCAUCAAGAGACCACAGUUUCAUUCUAUUUCUCUUCAUCUCUGCUUUUGUAAUUGGUGCUGCGUCUGUACCUGUCCCUGAUUCUAAUUGCUACGCUCUUGACAAUUCAAGUCGUCUUGUCGAUUUCAGCAGCUGGAUCGGCCAUCCAUUUGAAUAUGAUGGGAAGGAAUUUGAUUUGGUGGUUAGAUUUUGCAAGGAUGUGGAAACAAGAGGGCAGAUGGGAUAUGUUGAUUUUGGACGAUUUGACCCGUUAAGCUACUUUGUUUCUAGUUCUGGAAAUUUCGAUUUCGUUCAAGGAUUUUACCAUGGCGACCUGUCAAAUUGUGAACAUAGUUAUGACAAACUUGGACGUACAGCACAGGUCAAUAUUAUUUGUGGGAACUGUAGUGAUGGACGGUGUAAAGGUGGACUUGGAUGCAUAUGUAGUGUCACCCAAGAUUCAACUUGCAGAGUUACUGUCGACUUGGCUAUUCCAUGUGAGAAACCUGGCCCGCGGGUGUUCAAGGGAUUCACAGUCGGUUUGCAUCCUCGCUCAUGGGAAAUUAUUUAUAAUGGGAUGACACAGUUUGGAUUUGAUAAACCUCGUCGUGAGUUUAGCUUCAAGACCGAGCAGACUCAUCUUACUCUCUAUAUGACUGCAAUUGCUUCUCUUUCAACAUUGGUAGGGAAGCCUAUCAUCAAGGUUUUCCCAGAGAAUGGUCUUGAUGUUAAGAUAGCUGGUUCUUCCUUGACUGGGAAUCAUCCAACAACUUUAUCACCUUCAACUUUAGUACUGGAUUGGAAUUGUGAGAAAUCUCGGCGAACUCCAUAUGAAGUCAACGUCACCAUCCCAGUGGAUGGUUAUGAUCCUGUUCAGUUUUUCCUCACAAAACUAUGCGAAUACAACCAAGGUAAUGAAGGAGGAUCAGCGAAAGGAUGGGCUAUAUUUGGAGUUUUUUCCUGUGUAUUACUCGUUGCAUCUACACUUUUCUGCUGUGGAGGCUUUAUUUACAAAACAAGAGUAGAGCGAGUGCGUGGAAUUGAUGCAUUGCCGGGGAUGUCACUUCUAUCGGGCUUACUAGAAACUGUGAGUGGAAGUGGACAAAGCUACUCAAGAACUGAAGACAUCAACAAUGCUUUUGCCAAUGAAGUCUCAUGGGACCGCUCUUCCGCAUCUUCUACUCCAGCAACAACACAGAGACCAAGUGAAAGAACAUACGGUUCCAUCUAAAUUUGUUAAUCGCCUCACAAGAGAUACUGUUUCAAGCCAUGGCAUGGCACGCUUGUGACUGCCAUUUCCGGAUUUUGCUUUUUAUGUUUAGUUUCUAGAAAGAGGGCAAAAUAUUAAAGAGUCAAAAAGUUA